AUUGGUUGAUGAGUUUAAGAAAAAUGGCCAGAAAAACAGAGAAUGAGUCUCAAAAUAGUAGGAGUUCAGCUCAAAACUCCUCAACUCCCACUCAGAGUCUAAGAAAGACCAGAUCAGCUAGGAAUAGGAGAAAAUAGAGUAGGAAAGACAGAUUAUUACUACCCUGAUCACGAUAAGGAGUAUGAGCAUAAUUCACCUGACUCCUCAUCUUUCUCUGAUAGAGCAGAAGAGAAGGCAUCUUUGAAAUAUGAUCAAGACUCGAGUAACCCUCGCCAGAGAAAUGGAAUAGCUACUAGAAAUCUGAGAAGUUCUACUAAGUUAAGGGCAAACUUAGCAAAUUGUAAGCCAAAGAAACCUCCCAUCCCUAAACAAGCUAAUACAAAUAAGAGGAACAAGACUAAGAAGGAAGAACACGAGGAAGAAGAUGAGUGGGAGAUUCCAUCCAACCUACAAACCCUAUUUGGUGUUUUCAGUGCUUUUAUUAAGGAUUUUUCAACACUUGAAGAAGAUGAAGAGCAAUAUCAGCAAGAGUCUCAGGAACUGAGCCCAGAGAUGAGACAGAGACUUGAGCUUCACCAAUUUAUUGAGAGUCUUGAGACUGAAGACGAGAGGAAUAUCUGAGAGUACCUCUUGAAGCAAAAUGUUACCGACCCAACAACGAUUAGAGCUUUAAUUGACCAAAUUCAGGCUCAAGCUAGAGCCCAACAACUUGAAGUUGAUAUUGCUAACCCUGAAGAGGAGAUAGAGAGAAGCAGAAAAGCCAUUGAGAGCUUAAAUGCUCUUAAUCAUGAGAACCUCCAAAACAACCUUAACUAUGCCUUUAUGGAUGGAAAUCUAAACAGGCAACACUUUCAAAAUUCUUAUACUGACUGAAUCAGAACAAUGCUCAACAGUAAGCUAAACCCGAUUGUGAAUCAAAACCACUCAUAUCCAGGCCAAUUUAGACCCUAAUUAUGAAGAAACCUAUGUCAGAAAUAUAUUUGAAUACAAGAGGUCAAGCUAUCAUAUUGGAGCUGCAGCUUUCAUACUUCAUGUUAAUAGGACAUCACAACAGGAAUUACUGGACAAAGUUCAGCAGAGAAUAUAUCAGCAGAAUAAUGAGAGAAAGAUUCAGUCAGGACAAGCCUCUGGAACGAAUAUGAUAUCUCGAGAGACUAAUGAAGCUCAGCAGAAAGCUAUCCAGGAGCAGAUGAUACCUAUGAUGGUCCAGUCUCAUGAGCAGACAAAGCAUCCUCUUCCUGAUCUGAAUUCAAUUGCUGUUGCACAAACUGAUGAAUCUAAUUUAGCUGUGAGAGAUUUAGAGGAAGCUAAGCUUGCAGGCCAGAAACAGCUAGAAGAGUUGUGAGAAAUACUUAAUCAAAAGAUGCCAAUCUCUCACUAUGACCAGUAAUAACCCCUUCUGGCUUAUUUAAGUUUAUGUUAAUCUUUCAAUAUUC